AUGAGUAUUCUACCGAAGGCAAGAUCAAGGAGUUCAUCUACAGCUUCUACCACGAUUGGGAUGGUGCCCAGUAGAACAUCAUCACUCCACAACCUCUCGAACAAGGGUCGAGCCAUUCUGAAGUCUAAGAGAGUGGCCAGCAACCACCACCAUGGCGGUGCCGGUGGUCAUCAUCACAACAACAAUAGCACUGGGAAUCGAAUGGCUAGUAGAGGAGAUCUUUUCGGAGGAGAUGGUAGUGCCGAUUUGGAGGAUGCUAUUCAUUUCGAUGAAAAUAAACAUACCAUUCUUUCCAAUUUUGAAGAAUGGAUCAAACUUUCCACUGACAAUAAAAUCACCCUGAAGAAUUCAUGGCAAAUUGCCUUGAUUGAUUAUUUUAAAGAUUUAAAUGUGAUCAAGGAUGGUGAGAAUAUCAAUUUCCAAAGAGCCUCAGCAACGUUGGACGGGUGUGUCAAGAUUUAUCUGAGUCGUGUUGAAAGUGCAGCCACUGAAACGGGGAAAUUGUUGAGUGGGCUAGCUAAGAAGAAGGAAGAGGGUAACCAUGAAGAAGAUGGAGAAGAUGGAGCAGGAGAUGAAGAUGAAGAUGGAGAAGAGGGGAACAACGUAGAUGAAAAUGGAGUGGAAAUAAGGAAGAAACGGAAAAUGAAUCGAGUGAUGGAGUCCACCAUUGUAAAGUUUGAAACUAUUAAAGUUAAGAAAUUUGAUCAAGAGUUGGCAAUUGAUCCAUUAUUCAAAAAGGCAUUGAGUGAGUUUGAUGAAGGAGGUGCCAAGAGUUUAUUGUUGAACACAUUGAGUAUAGAUAAGAGUGGUCGAGUGAUUUUUGAUGCUACCACGAGAGGUGAAGAAAAGGAAGUUGUUGAAGAGGAAGCCGAACAAAUUAAAACCAAAUCUGUUGAUGACUCUAUUAUGGAAGAAAGAGUUCUGAAGUUGUCAUCUUUUCUUUUUGAAGAGAAUGAUAUUGAAAAACUUUCUAUUUGUCCAUCUCUUAAUGAAUUGAAAUUAGUCUUAACAGACAUUAAUAAGGCCAAGAAGGUUCUUGGAGAUGUUAACAAUCGAUUUUUGGAUGAAGAAAGAGAAGAACGAGAAAAUGGUAAUAGUCUUGUACCUUCCCCUUAUGUUCCAACAUUUGAUGAAUUUGACGAUUUUGGUGAUGAUAACGAUUUAUCCAAUCAUUUCAAUGAAAGUGUAGUAAGACUGGUUCUUAAUAUGGAUGAUGGAGAAAGAGAAAUAAUGGAAGAUGAUGGAGAUGAAGAAAUGGUUGUUAAAUCAGGCGGUAUAUUGGAUCGGGAUCUUAUGGCAUACUUUGAUACGAACAUGAAGAGCAAUUGGAGAGGUCCAGAACAUUGGAAAGUUGCCCAAAUUAAAAAGAGUCAUCAGGGACAACCUCAAGAAAAUAAUGAUGGUAAGAGUACCACUUCUACCACCACCACUCGAAAGUCAAGGGAGAAAAAUGCCACAAUAAUAAAUUUUUUCAAUAUCAAUGAUGAAGAUGAAGAGGAAAAAUUAUUUGAAACCCCUAAGAAUAUUCUUAGUACCACAAUUAAACCAGAUCAAAGAGAGCUCAAGAAGAAUAAAUUGCCAGAAGAUAUUCAGUAUAAUUCACUGAAAUUGACUAAUUUAUUUCUUAAAGAUCGUUCGGUUGUACAGUGGACAAGAGGAAAGAGUCCUAAUGGCAGUAAAAGCAAUGAAAACAUUCUUACUGAUGAGAAUUUCUUUGCUGAUCAAUAUGUUAAACGAGAACAAGAAGAAGCAGAAGCAGCAGAAGCGGAGAAGUCUAGAAUUGGGAAUGAAACUGGCAAUCCAUUUUAUGAUGAUGAUGACUUUGGCGGUGAUGAUUUUGGAGGAAUAGAUUUUAAUGAUGCACUUGCAGUUCCAAGUAAAUUAGACGAAUCUGAAGAUAAAAAGGGCACCUUUUCCACACAACAACUUCUUAGUGGGGGUAGAAAGGCGAGACCAGAGUAUGUUAAUUUUUCCAGAAUAGCCAAACGAGUAGAUGUAAAGCUUUUGAAAGACAAUCUUUGGAGAUCGAUCAAGCAAGAAGAACAAGAGGAAGAAGAAGAGCUUUCCAAAGAUUUUGCAGAGGUAAUUACAUCCAUUGGGAAAAUGUACCCACCAGAAGAAAAGAAAGAUCUUUCUACAAGUUUUUGCUUUAUUUGUCUUUUACAUUUAGCAAAUGAGCAUGGAUUGGAUAUUAGUACGAACGAUACGAAUGACAAUUUGAAGAUUACUGGGUUUUAA